AUGGAUACAAGAGUGCGUGAAGACAGAGACCUGGUAAGGGCCCUAGAGGACAAGGUGAUCGCUGAGGGUGAAGAAAUCCGGCGUUUACAACACGCCCUGGCCGAACUACAUCAGAACCAGAGACUGACUGACGUGGUCAGUCCCCCACCCCUGGGCCACCUUAUACACUUUGGACAUGAAAACCAUGCCGAGGAAGUGAGUGAGGAGGAAGACCUACAACAUGAUGCAGAGUAUGGAAUAAAAGGCAGGUUCAAGGGUGCAGUGGUUGAACUGACAGGACACCCUCACAACACCCGAAGCAAGGCCGCCCAGAGGGGAGGGAUGCAUCCACUGAGACAACAGAAGGCCCCAACCAUCCUCGGACUCACUCGGGGUGAGGUUCUGUUCCCUACUGAAUCCACUUGGAACACUCCCAUUCUCCCAGUUAAGAAGGGUGACACAGGGAAGUGGAGAAUGGUGCAAGACUUCAGACCGAUUAAUGAUGUUACCAUACCAGAUGUUCGCCCUGUCCCUGACCCAUACUUGGCUCUACAAAACAUCUCACCAACCCAAGACUGGUUCUCUGUGAUUGAUCUAGCAAAUGCCUUUUUCUGCAUCCCACUCCAUGAAAACUCUCAACCACUCUUUGCCUUCACAUUCCAAAAUCAAUGUUACACUUACUCUCGUCUGCCACAAGGCUACCGGGAUUCCCCUGGAAUCUUCAAUGCUAUUCUGAGAGACCAUCUGGAGGAAUUGGCCCUACCUGAAGGUGUGACACUUCUCCAGUAUGUUGACGACCUUCUGCUGGCUGCUCCCACUGCCGAAUCCUGUUUUCAGGCAACUGAACUGUUGCUACAGCACGUUGCCACCAAAGGCUACAAGGUUAAGCGAGAGAAAGUACAGUGCUGUAGAAAAACCGUUCAGUUCUUGGGAAGAGUUUUGUCUGGAAAAGGGCAGGCGGUGUCCGCAGCACAAAGAACCACCAUUCUGGAACACCCAAAACCCACCACAGUACAACACCUGUUGUCCUUUCUUGGACUAACUGGCUAUAGCAGGACCCAUGUCCCAGAAUAUUGCCUAAAAGUGGAACCACUCAGAGCCAUUCUUCGUGAAGCUGGAAACAGAAACCUAACAGCCAAACUCUCAUGGACCAUUGAAGCAGAAACAGCAUUCAUUGCUCUCAAACAAACACUUGCUCAAGCUGAGGCUCUCUCUUUACCAGACUACACCCUGCCUUUCAUGCUGGAUGUUUCUGAACAGGACGGAUAUGUACAUUCCAUCCUUUAUCAGAAACAAAAGGGGGAGAGGAGGGUACUUCACUACUUCAGCGCAAAAUUGGACCACAUUGAAUGCGGACAAACUGACUGUGCAAGACACAUUGCUGCUCUAUCCAGAGCCAUUGGGAAGACCGCCCACAUUGUCAUGAGACACCCUUUGGAAAUAAACACAGACCACGGAGUAACAGCUUUUAUUGGUUCUAAGCUGUUCACCCUGUCCAGCAAAAGAAAAUCUAAAAUAACCAAAGCCAUUACAGCCAAACACAUCACCUACGUCACACAGACGACCAACAUGACUGAUGGAAUGGGGAAUGGACAGCCACACAGGUGUGAGGAUCGUGCGGCCCUCCAGGUUAAAGUGAGGAUGGACCUCCAGAACACACCACUUGAAGGACCAGCGGAAACACUCUUCACAGAUGGCAGUUGUUACAGAUCUCUGACGCCAGGGGAAGGGAACAUUGCCUCAUAUGCCGUAGUAAGACAGGACACAGACGGCAUGAGCCACGAGGUACUAGAAGCAAAGAAACUGGAGCCAAAGGACGCCUCCGCCCAACUGGCUGAACUCCGAGGACUGAGGAGAGCACUGGAAUUGUGUACAGGAAAAGUGGCCAACAUAUACACAGACUCAGCAUAUGCACAUGGCAUUGCACACAUAGAUGGGCCCCAAUGGAUGAGAAGAGGAUUCUUAACCAGCUCGAACGAACCCAUCAAACACAGACAGGAAGUUCAGAAAUUAAUUGAAGCCAUAAUGCUGCCUACAAAAGUGGCCAUUAUCAAAUGCAAGGGACACAGUCGAGAAAACACCAAAGUAAGGGAGGGAAAUGACCAAGCGGACCAAGCCGCAAAAACAGCAGGGGGAUACGUGCCACAUCAAAUGAUACAAAGAAACGGGGAACCCCAAGAAGAACUAACCAUGGACAUUGUACAACAGUUACAGGACGCAGCUGGUGUAUAUGAACAAAACACAUGGAAACGAUGUGGGGCACGAAGAGACCACCAAGGGAUCUGGAGGUCACAUGAAGGAAAAACAGUAGCUCCAGCAAAACUGCUAAGGUCCAUGAUAAGAGAAGAACAUAACAAAGCUCAUGGAGGCUGGAAGAGUGUGGCACAGAGAUUAGGGACUGCCUGGUCACACCCUCACCUUCUGAACAUGGCAAGGGAGGUCUCGGAGAGUUGCGAAGUGUGCAAGAACUACAACAACAAGGUAUCUUUGGGAGCAGUAAUUGGGAGCUUCCCAAUUCCUGACGCACCCUUCCAAGACGUAUGCAUUGAUUUCACAGACAUGGGCAUGGACAAUCGAGUAGAAGGGAAAAGAUACCUACUAGUGAUGGUGGACAGGUUUACCAGGUGGGUCGAGGCCAUACCUACUGCAAGGGAGGAUGGGAAGACUGUGGUAAAAUGGCUGAGAAGAGAGUUGGUGCCUAGAUUCGGGGUUCCUAGGCUUAUCCGAUCUGACAAUGGCUCCCACUUCCGGAAUGAACUACUAAAAGAAGUGGAACAGGCCUUGGGCAUAACCCAUAAGUUCGGUUCUGUGUAUCGCCCCCAAUCGCAGGGCCUUGUGGAACGCGCCAAUCAGACGCUGAAACGGAAGAUGGCGAAGAUAAUGGCUGGAACAAAACUGAAAUGGGUGGAUGCACUACCUUUGGCGCUAAUGUCCAUGAGAACCUCUCCAGGGUCUGACACAAACCUCACACCACACGAGUUAAUGACAGGCAGAAGAAUGCCAGGGCCUCCAAAUGACAAUCUUAGUUUGCCAGGGCUGGACAUUGCUAAAAUCAGAUACUCAGAUUACAUGCAGGCUCUAACUUCUCUUGUCCAAAGACUGUCCAAACAGGUGGUGGAGGUGCAGACCCCUGGUGUUGAGACCACAGACGAAAACAGAGACGUGCAGGUGGGAAGCUGGGUGAGGGUGAAGGUGCACUCCAGAAAGUGGACUGAGCCCAGGUGGAAGGGUCCUUACCAAGUCAAAGAGGUGGCAAGUCAUUCGUUAAGGCUCUCUGAUGCAGGCACUUACACCCUGGGGUUGGAGAGGAUUGGGAUGGAUACAUUGGGUACGCUUACCAUUGUGGUAUCUACAAAACCCGCUCUCCAGAUCCAGAAUUCCACGGGACCAUUGGCCUCCUCCACCACGGUGACCCUCUCUGACUCCUCUGACCUUAACCCAGUCCAGGAGGGUAAUCUACACAGCAACAGCGUUGGGACAUCAUAUGCGCUAAGGGGCCAGGGCUGGCUUAAGGCGCCAACAUCAACGAUAGGCUGGGUGAGUCUAAACCACGCCCAGUCUCUACUCUGACAGGCCGGCUCGGAAGC